UGCACUGUUUUUUGUAUAUAUGUAUAGCCUUUCUCGCUUUUUUUUCUCCCAAAAUCUAAUCUCUUGUAUCUGACGGGAGAGAGAGGUAGCUAACGGGAGAUUGCUGGGAGUGGCCUUCGUCCUGUAUAGUACACGUGAAAUAUAAGUAAAUGAUGUUGAGAAUUUUUUUCCCUUUUCGUCUAGCGGACCUCGGCAACCGGACCGUACUCUUGACGGAAGAUGACGGCCAAGCCGUCGCCCUCCUGUCAGGCGUUCCCGAGUACAGCGACGACCGAGACGACGUGGCCGACGACGGCGCCAACGGACCGAGACCCCGGCUCUGGUGCUUCCUGCGGCGACUGGACCCGCCGCUCGCCUCGGUUUCGUCCGCCGGGACCAAGGUCACCGCCAGGGCGCGGUCAAGCGCCGCGCCCAGGGGUCUGUGUUCGGCGCUCGUCUACCAGGGGGUCCGGGUCGUCUGGAGGGACGCCGAGGCCAGCAUCGACGUCGCACAACCCUCCAACGAGGACGACCUCCGGAGACUGGCGGCCCGGCGGGACGUCGACCCUCUGCUCGAAGUCUACGUUCACGUGGCCAGCGACCAGCAGCCAGUGUCGGACUCGGCAUCGUCCGUCACCGCGACGGCAGGCGCGGGCUCUCCGCCGUCGCCCUCGCCCACUCCUACGUCACAAGCGGGUUCCGCGCCUCCCCGGUCCGCCGCUACCACCAAGGAGGCGCUGCGAUCGCUCCUGCGCUCCCCGCAGGGCACCACCGAGGUGUUCGCCAUGCGCACCGCCCGCUGGCUGGUCGUGCACCACCUGGACGGUUUGGUCGUCGAGCUUGGCAGCGCCGUCAGCGGCGUCGCCACCGAACUCAUCACGCGCCUCGCCGAGAUGUGCCAGCGGCAGCUCGGGCGCAUGGGCAAGUCGUUCACGCUGGUACUGCCGGAGUCGACGACGCUAUUCGCUCAGUACGACCUCAAUGCCCUGCUCACCACGAGGGGCUUGUACCCGAUCCAGCGGACGCACCUGACGAGCGACCUCAGGCACGCCAGCUGCCCAGCGCCAUUCAAGGGGGCGUACUUUGGAAUCGAGCACAUCCUCAACCGAACCCGGUUGGCGCUGGGCAGGGGUCACCGACGCCAGGGCCUGUCACGCAUCUUCUUCAGCGUCAGCCUGCUCGGGGCCCACUUCCUGCUGGACAGGGAGCCCGCGCUCAACGAGAGCGUCGCCUUCGCGCAGGCGAAGUUCCAGGGAUUCAUGCCCUACUCUCAGGUGUGCCAGCUGCUGAUGUCGGGCGGGUGGAACGCGCGCGCCAACGUGGAGACCGACUGUACCGAGGCCACCCGAGGACCACAGUGGGUGUCCGCCUUCGCGCCUUUCUCCGGAAACUGGAUCCUCGGCCUCAAAGGCGCGAUUCGCGGGCUCGCGGUCUUCGACGUCGACGGAGACGACCGGGACGGCUACUGCGGUGAAAAGCACGUCCUGCUCAAGAGGCUCAAGGACCUGCUGUCCUGAAGGCGCCCGCGGUUUGACGUCGUCCUGCUUGGUCGUCUAAAUUAUGCAGGACACGAUGGCAGCGACCGCACUGCGCCUCGGGCAGCCUCCGAGUUUUGCCACGAAUGUAAACCGUCUGCUGUAUUCGUCACUUAUCAGCUGCCUUUCACUUGCACAGUUCAUUUUGUUAUUAUUACUUUUUUUCCGUUGCACAUGCGUUACAGUUUGACAAUGUUGUGGCAUAUUGCUUGUUGCGGAGCGAGCCGUUCGUUGCGAGGAUGAUGUAUGGCUUUGCCGUGACGUUCGUGUAGCUCAAGAUGAGUGUGCAAUUGUUUCAAAUAAAGGUAUGCACGUAUGCACUAUGAGUGCUUCUGCACAAACCCGGUAUGGGUGUCCUUUGUAACAAUUACCUACGUGUGGGUGGAUGUCUCAUUUUCCCUUAAUAAUUACUUCUGGGCCGUCCAGCGAGCAGAGGAAGCCGCUUCGAAACAGUCUCGGAACCGCGUCCGCGGUGCGUGCCCAGACCCACUAAAAAGACGCCGGACUCGAACCUUAUUGAUUUGAAAAUAAAGUUUACGCGCUCCACCUUGCGGGUUUCCACAGAACUAUUACGUCAAAG